AUGAUGGUAGAGUUUAAUUCAUUUGAUGAUGAACCAUGGAUUCUGCGGCUCGUGGAAUAUACCCAGAAAGCGCUCGAACAUCCGCACGUGAAGGUCAUUGGAGUAUGCUUUGGACAUCAGAUUCUCGGGAGAGCUUUGGGGUCUAGGGUGGCGAAGCAUGAGAGGGGAACUUGGGAGGUCAGUGUUUGCGAAGUACAGCAGACGGAGAAGGGCAAGGAACUGUUUGGUGGCAAGGAUGUGCUGAUGCACAAGGAUAUUGUCUGCGAAUACGUCUCGGGUGUAGAGGCAUUGGGAUCGACGGAUGUGUGUCAAGUGCAGGGAAUGUAUAUCUCGCGGCGGUUGAUUUCUGUACAAGGCCACCCUGAAUUUGAUGAAGAGAUAGAGAGAGAAUUGCUGGAGAAGAGGCACUAUCAAGGAGUGUUUAAUAAACAGCUAUUCACAGACGGUAUGAGAAGGGUUGCUAAGCCGCAAGACGGAGUGCUUGUAGCACAGGGAUUCUUGAGAUUCUUAAUGGAAUGA